GGUACCCGGUCCCCGGUCCCCGCGGGCCAUGCGGCGGCCGUAGCCAUGCAGCGCGACGGGGAUGCGGCGGCGGCCGCCGCGGCCUCGUACCGGGUGCUCAGCCGGCUGCUGGGCUAUGGCACCGGGCCGGAGGCGGGCGCGGCGGGCGGCGCCGCGGCGGCGGGCUGGGGAGCGGCGGCGCAGAGCGGGCUGGAGCUGCAGCUGGCGGCGCUGGGGCUGCGCCCCGGGGCUGGGGGCCAAGGGGGCGGCGGGCGCGGCGGGCACCCCCUGCCCGUGCCUCGGGCCGCCCGCCGGCGAGGAAACCAGCGAUGCGCUGCUGGUGCUCGAGGCGCUGGAGCCCGACGAGGGCGGCAGCGGCCCGAGGACGAGCCGGGGUCCCCCGGGCGCGGGGCCGCCCGUGCCGGCGGCAGAGCGGCAGCCCCGGGCCCUGCACAGCCGCCCGCGGGCACCGGCACCGGCACCGGCCCCGGCGGCAGGAAGGGCUCGCUCCGCAUCCGCCUCAGCCGCCUCUUCCGCACCAAGAGCUGCAGCGGCGGCUCGGCCGCCGGGGACGCCGCCAGCGCCGCCGCCUCGGCCGGGAGCCUCACGGAUGUGUGCGGGGCCCGCGGCCGGGAGCAGGAGCCGGGCAGGAAACACAGACUGACAAGAACCCAAAGUGCCUUUUCCCCGGUUGUGUUCAGCCCCCUCUUCACAGGUGAGACGGUGUCACUGGUGGACGUGGACAUUUCCCAGCGAGGGCUCAGCUCCCCUCACCCUCCCACGCCUCCGCCGCCGCCCCGCCGGAGCCUCAGCCUGCUCGAUGAUAUCAGUGGGACGCUGCCUCCGGCUGUGCUUGUGGGGCCCAUGGGCUCCUCCCUGCAAUCCUUCCCUCUGCCUCCGCCUCCUCCGCCCCACGCCCCAGACGCCUUUCCCCGGAUCGUGCCCCUGCGUCCCCCCGAGGCCCCGGGCCAGCCGCCCCCCCCGCACCUGCAGUGUCCCCUGGCCCGGCCCGACCCCAGCAGCUUCGCCGCCAGCCUGAGGGAGCUGGAGAAGUGCGGCUGGUACUGGGGCCCCAUGAACUGGGAGGACGCCGAGAUGAAGCUGAAGGGGAAACCGGACGGGUCCUUCCUGGUGCGGGACAGCUCCGACCCCCGCUACAUCCUGAGCCUGAGCUUCCGCUCGCAGGGCAUCACGCACCACACGCGCAUGGAGCACUACCGAGGGACCUUCAGCCUGUGGUGCCACCCCAAGUUCGAGGACCGCUGCCAGUCCGUGGUGGAGUUCAUCAAGAGGGCGAUCAUGCACUCCAAAAAUGGGAAAUUCCUCUACUUCCUGCGCUCCCGGGUCCCAGGUCUCCCUCCGACGCCCGUCCAGCUCCUGUAUCCCGUCUCCAGGUUCAGCAACGUCAAAUCCCUGCAGCACCUUUGCCGCUUCCGGAUCCGGCAGCUGGUCCGGAUCGACCACAUUCCCGAGCUCCCGCUGCCCAAGCCCCUGAUCUCCUACAUCCGCAAGUUCUACUACUACGACCCACAGGAGGAGCAGUACCUGUCCCUCAAGGAGGCGCAGCUCAUCUCCCGACAGAAGCAGGAGCCCGAAUCCGAAUCCUCCACGUAGCGGAGCCGGAGCCGCCCCGGCGCUGACGGAAUUCGGAUGUUGCCCUCCUGCCGUGGUGGGGAGGAGGCCGAGCUCCUGCUGCUGCUGCUCCCGCUCUUUUCCUGGAGGAGAGGGCCCAGCAUUCCCAGGAAACCCAGCAGAGCAGGGUCCGGAGCCCCGGCUCCUGGGCAGAGGAAUCCUGGGGGAGCCAGCCCGGCCCCGCGGGACCCCCGCGGAACCAAGAAUGUCACGGCACUGUUCCCGAGUUUUCCCGGAAGCUUUCGGUUUGGAUGUCUCUGGAUUUUUUUUUUUUUUUUUGUGGAUUUUCAGCAUGAGGAAAAACUGGAUUUUCUGAUCCUGCUGGAUUUUCUGAUCCCACCUUGGGAAUUUCCAGGUGGGAGAGAGGGAGGGGAAAAGGGGGAAUUCUCUGGGAAGAUCCAUCUGCUCCCGGGCGUCGUGGCAAGGCUUUGAUCCUCUCCGGAGAGCUGCAAACGGAGCCAGGGGGAUGGAAGAACCCCUGGGAAUAAGCAAAGUGUGGAGCUCUGAGCAGCUCCACAGCUCCUCUGCUUCCCAGGAUUUGGGAAAAGAGAUCCAAACCCUCCAGGAGCGGCAGGAGCGUCCUGGGAAGAGCUUGGGGCCGUGCAAGAAGGAAGGAAGGAAGGAAGGAGGGAUGCGGUGGAUCCAAAGGGAGCGCUGCUGGAAGGUUCCCCUGGAUCCUGCGGGGAUCCCAGGCUCGGGAUGGGCUCUCCCAGCCUGUCCUGGUGCAUUCCAGAGGCUGGGAACGGAGCGAUUCCCUUCGGAGGAUCCUCCUGGAGCAGCUCCCUCCCCUCCCUGGGACAUCAGGAACAGCAAAUCCAGGAGAGUUUUGGCUCUUUCCCUGAUUUUGGGCACAAUUCCCUCCCUCGCCCCUUGGGAUCCCGGGCUGCUGCUCCGUCCCCUGAGCAGGAAUUCCAGGGGGGAACUUCCAGCUGGGAAAUGUGGAGAAUGCUUCCCUGCUGUGCUUCAAGGAGCAGCGUUCCAGUGCUCUGCAUCCAAGGCAUUGCCCCAUCCUGCUGGAUC